GGUUUCAGUAGUAUUCGGCGAGAAAACAUCUAACGAAGAAGUUAAAUACGGCGACUGCGGCUUAAACGAAACGCCAAGGUUUAUUUUAGUUAAUUUAAUUAUUGCGUUUGCAACUGCGCGCACCGCACUCGGCUCCCACCUACACAAGCAUUUACAAAAACUUCCGAAGUGCCUUUAAAGAUUACAUUUUCUUGCCAUUUGUUUUCAUUGCAAACUAAAGUGCUUAAAAAACGCCAAUUGGUCUUGCUAAAAAUUUAGUCUUGCCAUAAUCGCCGUGAAAUCAGAAUCCCAAGGUCUAGCAAGUGGACACCAGCAACAGCAACUAGUUGCAAUACACAGGUAGCUGUUGUGCUUAUACAUUUCUUUGUGUGCGUGUGACUUGUUUUGAAGAUGCAUAUCCCCCCAGUAUAGAGCGAACCUGGCUACGAAACAGACCAAAAGCAGCAGCAACUUUCUUCAAUCAACUUAACAUAUCGAACCAAUUUCAAGAUGUGCUGUAAAUGUUGUGGGGUGACCCAGCGCAAGUUUUGGGUCUUUGGCAGUGGCUCGCUUUUUAUAGUGCUGGGUGCCCUAAUAGUGGCUUUUUGGCCCGGCUUAGCAGACGAUAUUGUGGAGAAGAAUUUAAAACUGGAACCAGGCACAGACACCUACAACAGUUGGCUGGAAGCGCCCAUACCGAUCUAUUUAGAGUUCUAUAUGUAUAACUGGACCAAUCCACAGGACAUACGGAAUCCAGCUAUUAAGCCAAAUUUUGUUGAAAUGGGUCCAUAUGUUUUCCUCGAGCAGCACACGAAGGAGAAUUUCACCUUUUAUGAAAACGCCACCGUUGCCUAUUAUGAACGACGCACUUGGCAUUUCCAGCCACAUCUCUCAAAUGGUACCCUGAAGGAUAACGUUACGGCGGCACAUGCGAUCACAGCGACGGUUGCCGAUGAAGUGCGUCAUAAGAACAAAAUCAUUAAGAAAAUAGUUAACUUCAUGCUGAAUCACGAGGGCGGUAAACUUUACGUAACCAAGCCUGUGGGUGAAUGGAUUUUCGAUGGCUAUCAGGACGAUUUGAUUGACUUUCUGAAACUGUUCAACACCACAAAAAUCAAUAUACCCUAUACGCGUUUCGGUUGGCUGGCAGAUCGCAAUGCUUCGUUGACAUAUGAUGGUCUCUUCACCAUACACACCGGCACCGAUGACCUUUCGAAUCUGGGCAGACUUACGCACUGGAAUGGAAAGAACGAGACCGGCUUCUAUAAGGCGCCAUGUGGUACGGUAAAUGGAACCACUGGAGAUCUAUUCCCACCGAAAAUGAAUAUCAGUGAGGAGAUAACGAUAUUUGCGACCGAUACGUGUCGUUUUAUGAAUCUGAGACCGCAGGGCACCUUGACGCGUUACGGUGUGUCGGCCGUGCGUUGGGUGGGAACGGACGAAACGCUAGACUCUGGCGAAAAUUAUCCUAACCAGCAGUGCUUCUGUGAUCCGCGUUUGGAGGAAUGCCCCAAAACGGGUGUGGUCGACUGCAAGGCUUGUCGCGAUCAAGCGCCCAUCUAUGCCUCCUUCCCGCAUUUCUAUCUAGCCGAUAAAUCCUAUGUUGAUGCAGUGUCGGGUAUGAAGCCCGAUCAGUCCAAACACGAAUUUGUUUUGGCCGUAGAGCCCAUCACGGGCAUACCGCUGGAAGUGCACGCCCGCAUACAGAUUAAUAUGAUGAUAACGCCAGACAAUGAUUUUGACAUUUAUCGCGACGUACCAAAGGUUUUAAUGCCCAUGUUCUGGUUUAAUCAGAAGGCUAUACUCAGCCAAGAUUUGGCCCGCAAGGCCAAGCUUGCCAUCAAUUUGGGAAAUUACGGCCUGUACUUUGGCAUCGCAUGCAUAGUUUUGGGAUGUUCCUUCUUCGUUACUGGGCUCGUGUUGACACUAACCAAGCGCUGGAAACGCGAGCCUAACGACGAUGAGGACAUGCUAACCAACUAGAUUUACAAAUAGACUUACUAGCAAACGCAUUCAACUUGUAACCAAAGUGCCAGGACAAAGUAACUCCAACUAGUUCAACAGCUUUAUCGUCUUGUCGUCGUCGUCAUCGUUGUCGUUUGAUGUUUGUUAGCUUCUUUUAUGUCUUUGUACGACGUUAUCGUUAUGUAUUAUACAAGUAUAAGUGUAAGACAGUCUUUUAGGCCAGCUCCGGUCUAUGCUUUAACAUUCGAUAAUUGUCAUUUGUGAUAGGCUAACAAAUAAUAAUUAUUAAGUGCAAUACGAAUAUAUAUUAAAGUUUUUCUUUAACACAAA